UAAAGUCUCCUCUUAUUUUUCUUAAAGCACACAAACUACAGAGUUGUGCAGUGAGUCAACGUGUUAUUAAACAACAUAUCAUGUGACCCAGAUGUUGACCCGGAGAUAAUGGAGGAGUCAACUUGAUGGAGGUUUUGUGACUUUGUGGUGUUUUCCUCCUGCAGGCUGUCCUGUCGUCUCACUCCUCCCCUGUUUGAUCCACAUGGACUCGGCCAUCUCCCACCACAACAAGCUGCAGACUGCUCACACCUCUCAGGACAACGACCCCAAACACACAGCCAAAGUCAUUAGGAACUAUCUUCAGUGUAAAGAAGAACAAGAAGUACUGGAAGUGAUGGUACGGCCCCCACAGAGCUCUGAUCUUAACAUCAUCGAAUGUGUCUGGGAUUACAUGAAGAGACAGAAGGGGUUGAGGAAGCCUGUAUCCACAGAAAAUCUGUGUUUAAGGACCCGCUGCCUUGAUCUUCUGGGCUUCCAGCAGUUUAUGGAAGACAGUGAAAUGACCUCUGACCUGAUGGACGAGGGAAAGGAGCUGAACCGCCAGGAAAGUCAUCUGCUGGGAGAAGAAACAACAGUGAAACGGGAAGUACAAAGAAGCUGCUCAUCACUGGAUAUUCUGCUUAAGAUUGAAGAUUGAACAUCUGCCUCCCAGCAGGUCAGUAAAACCGAGACAGCUCUUCAGAAUCGGCGACAACAUCUCCAGCACCAUCAGACUGAGAACAGGAGCUCCUCGAGGCUGUGUUCUCACCCCGCUGUUGUUCGCUGUCCUGACACUGCACUGCUCUACACAGCUCCAACCACAUCAUCAGGUUCGCUCAUCAGCAACGACGACGAGUCGGCGUAC